AUGGAGUCAAGUGAGAUUACUGAGGCCGAGAAGACACAAAGUUCAAGUCCACAGAGAAGAUCCUCACAUGUGUCUGUGGCUCAUCAAAAUGUUGGUCUUGAAGCUCCAAUCUUCACCUUACGACAUCCUGAACCUCAGAGCAGAGAGGAGUUUUUACAAUACUUCUGUCCCCUCACACUGGACAUCAACACGGCAAACAGAGACCUCUGUCUGUCUGAAGGGAACAAGAAGGUGACGCGUGAGGCAACAAAAACGAAAUAUCCUGAUCAUCCUGACAGAUUUGACUACUGGUGCCAAGUUCUGUGCAGAGAGGCUCUGACUGGGACUCGCUGUUACUGGGAGGUGGAGUGCAGUGGAGGUGAUGUGGUGAUUGGAGUCGCAUGUAAAGGGCUGAGAAGGAAAGGACGGGGCAGGGAGUGCAGCCUUGGAUACAACGACAAGUCCUGGAGUUUGUGGUGUUCUCAUUCCCAGUACUCUGUGCGUCACAAUAACAAGUGGACUGAAAUAAUCGCCCCCUUCAGCCCCAGAAUAGGUGUGUAUCUGGACUGGCCUGCUGGCUCUCUGUCAUUUUAUAGCGUCUCACACACAAUGACCCUCCUGCACAGGUUCAACACCUCCUUCACUGAGCCCCUCUAUCCAGGGUUUGGGUUUUGUUUUGGUCUUAAUUCCAGUGUAACAAUCAGCCAUCUGACACCAUGUGACCACUGACCAGUACCCUCCACCGGUCACUUGAUGACCCCACAAGCGCAGCUCCUCUUUUUGUUUGUAGUUUGGGGUCAAAUUACUUUUACAGGAUGGGUGUGUUUGUGGGCAGCACCUCUGUGAUUGAAUUUGUGGAUGUGAAUGCGGGGCAAAUGCGGCUGUCAGGAUCUCCAUUAUUAUUGUGUUUGAGUAGCCAAUCAGGCUUGUGUUUUACAAUGCGGGGCGGAGACACCUCAGACCUACAAAUACCAGUCUGACCAGCAGGGUCACUGUUGAUUCACAGUCACAUGUCUUUCAGGCUGAC